ACCAGUUGAUAUCAGUUAAAGUUGUGCGAUGGGCGUGCGCAAUACAAAUAACGUGCCAAGUAAUGAAAACAAGUUUAAAUACAGCUAUUUCGAUGAUAUUUUGCCAAAAUAACUGUAAAAUAUAAAAGCCAGGGAUUAAUUUACACAUACACAUAACAGGAUAUUUUUGGAUCAUGUCUCCAAACCCAGAGGCACAAACUAGUUUUCCUCAGUUGCCAUACCCUUUACUCCGGAACGAAGAACCAAAAUUGGCACAGCAAUGGUUGAAGGGCAAAAGAAUUCAAGAUGGCGCCGAAGGUCUAUGGAGGAUACAUGACAAUUUGUAUGAUCUCACGAACUUUAUCGCUAGCCACCCGGGUGGGUCUCAGUGGAUACUUUUUACUAAGGGUACCGAUAUCACAGAGCAGUUUGAAACUCACCAUUUGAAAGGAAUAGCCGAGGAAAUACUGCCUAAUUACUUCGUAAAGAAGGCGAAAGCACCAAGAAAUUCCCCUUUUACUUUUGAAGAGCACGGGUUUUAUAAGACUCUCAAAUUAAAAGUUAUGCAGAAAAUGAAGGAUAUGCCAAAGGAUCUUAGGAGAAAAAGUGAUUUUGUAACUGAUUUGUUAUUAUUGGCUUGUGCUGUGUUAAGUCCUAUGAGUUGUUGGGCUUGGAACAAGAGUUAUAUCUUGGGUGCAUCUUUAACGGUUUUAAAUAGCUUAGCAUUGAGCAGUCUGAUGACUUGUGCUCAUAAUUAUUUUCAUAGAACAGAUAGUUGGCGUAUGUACCUAUUUAACUUAGGUGGAUUAUCGUACUCAGACUGGCGCAUCUCUCACGCUAUGUCCCAUCAUAUGCACACGAACACUCUUCAAGACAUCGAACUGAGCAUGAUCGAGCCUUUUCUUCAGUUCAUGCCGUAUAGAAAUAAGCCAUUUUGGGCCCGUUUGGGAGCAUUUUACUUUCCAGUCAUCUACGCUUUUGCGUCUUUGACUAUUAUGAUAAAAGAUUUCACAGUCUCGCUCCUGAAAUUUGAAGGGAAGAGCUUAAAUUGGUCUCACCUUUUACCCCUAACUGUACCCGUUUGGAUGUGGUACUUCAGCGAUGUGUCCCUACCAUGGGUGGUGGCCGUAUGGAUUGCUACAAUAAUGGGUUCUAGUUUCUUCUUCGUCUUCUAUGGCCUGACUGCAGGUCACCAUGACCACACUAAUUUCUUCGACGGAGAUAUUCCCAGGGACGAAACACUCGACUGGGGCAUUCACCAGAUGGACACGAUCGUGGAAAGAAUCGAUUACGCAGGCAAUCACUUCAAAUCGAUCACUCGAUUCGGCGAUCACGCUCUCCAUCACCUUUUCCCAACACUAGAUCAUGCGGACCUCAAAUAUCUUUACCCAAUUUUAUUGGAGCAUUGCGAAAAAUUUGACAUGCAAUUGCGCACUACCACGUUUUAUAACGCCAUUGUGAGAAAGAGUAAACAACUAGCUAGAACGCAACCGAAUGAUUUUAGGAAAAAUAAGUAAUAAAAUUUGGGAUAAUGGGCAGUAAAGAUAUGUGAUAAUUAAACAGGGAAGAAGUAUUAUAUUUUUGAUGUAACUAAUAAACAAAAAGAUGAUUAAUUUAAAUUAUAAGAGUCAAUAGGUAAAAGUGACGUAGAUUAAGUGAUUAAAUGUUAUACUUACUUAAACUUUUUUUUAAAU